CCUCUCGCCUGAUGGUGGAGCUGGGAAGACUGCGCAUGCGCGAGAGCGGUAAACAAAGACUUGGAACAGCGGUUCCCAGAAGGCUAGGAGGCCGAGGGUGCGUGGGUGGGCCUGAGCGGGCUGUUAAUGCGCAUGCGCGUUGGCGGGCUGGUUUGAGUUUCAGGCGGCGGCGUCGACAAAAUGGAGGCGGAGUAUGGGAGUGCAGAAGACAUCCUUCUAAACAACAGGCACCAGCAGAACGCCUCUUCAGGAAACCAUCCUGGCUUUGAAGAUGGAAAAACUCUUGUUAAAGCACUGGGAAAUGUGCACAACCAGGAGAAAAUGGUGGCUGAAUGUUUUGCCAAACCUGAUAACACUGUUAGCUCCAGCUGUUGUCUCCAGGUUGACACAAAAGCCAACGAAUCUGGGCUGUUAGCAGAGACUGGCAAGGAAGAAAGUAAUCUUAUCCCUGAUUUGAAGAAUGAGGGUACAUGUUGCCCUGGCACAAAGAAACCAUCUCCACAGAGUCUUAGCCCUGACAAAGGACAUGGUUCAAAUUCAUUUGAUGUAUCCUUUGGACAGCUGCCUAGUCCACGUUUUGCACGACCUUCCUUGAAUCGCUGCAGCCUGAAGCUGGGCAUGAAUCGACGGAAGUCCCUGCCUCCUCUUCAUUUAGAUAUCUCUGAACUGAGUAAAGCAAUCAGCUUGGACAUGCCAGAGACUGAAAGAAUGGCAGUGCUGCUCCUUUCCAGUUUCCAGUACUCUGCCCAGAAACUUGAGUGCUCCUUAAGGCAGACCGAAGGCUUUAAUACUAAAACUUUUGAACAAAAUGUCAACAUGCUUUCAGAAGAAUUGAGGCUCCACACAAAGAAACUGAUACUAGAUGGAACUUUGCAAAAAUGCUUUGAGGAUCCCAGAGGGGGUUUGUCAGAUCCUGCAUUGAAUGCAUCAAUAUCUGCCUUAAAAGAGAAUAUAGUCAGGUUCUCUGAAGAAGGUCAAGCUUGGGAUAAACUGCUUCAGACUUACCAAAAAAAUGCUGAGGAAAUAACCAGGCAGCUGCAGCAAUCUGAACUCAAGCAAGGACCAGAGGAGCCUUGCUGCUACCUUGGGGCAUCCCAGGCUCAAGUGCUUCAAGCCAAACCAGACUACCAGAAAAUAUUGGAUCAUCAAGGAGAGGUCUUUUAUGAUCUCGAGAGAAUGCUGGAUGAAAUCCAUCAAAUGGUCAAGGUUUGUCAAGUUUAUAUGGAAGAAGUUACACAGUAUCUUCACCAGCUAUCAGCACAACUUGCAUCAAGGACUUUCAACAGAUUAGAAAAAUCACCAGCCCGGAAACUGCUCAGGCUUCUCCAGACAAAGCCAGCUGCAUUUCCACCUCCAGAUGGGUAGAGGCAGUUGUUUUCUUGUCCCAGGCUUUGGGUAUAAAAUUGUUUCCGUCUGGUUCUCAGCGUUCUUUUCCUGCUAUGGUCUUUUUUCCUUCCACUUGACGUGAGCUGUAUCUCUAAGGACAAUGGUAUUCUUGGCCCAUAGCUGGACAAUGGAAUAUUUUUAAAAUGUUCUAAAUGCUAUUGGUCUGAUCUUUGGCUGACAAUACUUCCACAUUUGCAGCUAAGUAAGAAGGAAAUGCUUCUUUUUGAUCUCGGCGUACGUAGCUUCACAGUACAAACGCAGUGCACUUGGACUGUGUAGAAUAUAGCAGCGAUAACACUUUUACUCAAAGUUCUGCUUUCACAGGACAACAUAUUAUUUGACUUUUGUGGGUGGAUUCUUCCACAGUUUCAAAAGGAUAGGCAAUAAAAGCCCAGAUUGAAUACUUGGUAUAUGGGGUCAUCCAAAAAUUGGAUACAACCAUUGUAUACUCUCCCUCUUCAUUCAGCUAUGCUACAAACAGAAAUCAGUAGCUACUAGCAACUUAACAUUUGGGCUGGUCAUUAGACUGAUGAAGAUGGCAAGAUGCAGAGAAAAGAAAACACCAGAAGAGGAUCUUCCCUUUUUGUCUACUGAGCUCUCCUUCACUGCGGUGGCUCCUACAUUGUAUGAAUGCUUUUGCACUCUUUUUUUCUGAAAUGAUAAAAGCCCUAUAUUUGUAUGCUGAUAUUUUCUGUGUCAUUCGUUUGUCUCAAGUACUUUUUUGGUGUUUGAUUUCUAUUUAAAAAUAAACCUUUUAUUUGUA